GCAGCCCUCUGCCUGUGCAGCCCGGUGGUGAGUCUGAGGCGCAGUUCGGGCACCAUCACCGGCGGAGCGAUACUACCAUCUCCUCUCAGCCCCGGUUUGACAAGCCGAGGGUGUGUGGCACACUGUACCUGAGCGAACGUGUCCGUCACGUAGUCAAAGGGGGCAGAGGAUCAAAACUGGACCAAGGGACCUGUGUCUAAUGCUCUGAAAUGCUGUGCCAUAUCGCUUUCGCAUCAAGAAUUGUCUCUCUGGGCUGGCUGCUGCGGUUGUUUUGCUUCUGAUGAAGAUAUUUUUUUAUCAUUAUUUUGAUGCGCUCCUGUGGAUGUCUAUGAAUAUGUUUAUUCUGGUGCUCUGGUGUAGUGCGUGAGUCACCGUCGGCGAGCAGGUGCUGUUGUCGGGGCUCGUUGACAUGCAUUCCCCCUGAGCUUGGCGACGCCUCCCUCAGUGGUGUGGUGUCAGGAUGCCAGUGCAGGCCGCCCAGUGGACAGAGUUCCUGUCCUGUCCCAUCUGCUACAAUGAGUUUGACAGCAGCGGCCACCAGCCCAUCAGCCUGGGCUGCUCCCACACGGUGUGCAAGACCUGCCUACACAAACUGCACCGCAAAGCCUGCCCCUUUGAUCAGACACCAAUCAGCACGGAUAUCGACCUGCUGCCGGUCAACUGUGCCCUGCUGCAGCUAGUUGGAGCUCAGGUUCCGGAUGUGCAGCCAGUGAGCCUGAGUAGUGCAGCAGAGGUGGAGCAUUAUGAGGCCUGCAGAGUGUGUGUGGAAGAGCUGGCUCUCUACCUGAAACCUAUCAGCGGAGCAAAAGGUGUGGCGACCCUGAGUCCAAGCGUGCUCAGUCGGCCUAUGCAGAGGAAGCUGGUGACCUUGGUGAACUGCCAGCUGGUGGAGGAGGAGGGCCGUGUGCGGGCAGUGCGGGCGGGCCGGUCGCUGGGGGAAAGAACCGUAACCGAGCUCAUCCUGCAGCACCAGAACCCCCAGCAGCUCUCUGCCAAUCUCUGGGCAGCGGUGAGGGCACGAGGGUGCCAGUUCUUGGGACCUGCUAUGCAAGAAGAUGCACUGAAGCUGGUUUUACUGGCUCUGGAGGACGGCUCAGCUCUGUCCAGGAAGGUGUUGGUUUUGUUUGUAGUCCAGAAGCUCGAGGCUCGGUUCCCCCAGGCCUCCAAAACCAGCAUAGGCCACGUGGUGCAGCUGCUUUACAGGGCCUCCUGCUUCAAGGUGACUAAGCGGGAUGAGGACUCCUCACUGAUGCAGCUGAAGGAAGAGUUUCGUACGUACGAGGCUCUCAGGAGAGAACAUGAUGCCCAGAUUGUCCACAUCGCCAUGGAGGCGGGCCUGCGGAUCUCACCUGAGCAGUGGUCUUCUCUGCUGUACGGAGACCUGGUCCACAAGUCACAUAUGCAGUCCAUCAUUGAUAAGCUGCAAUCUCCAGAGUCGUUUGCAAAGAGCGUUCAGGAGCUGACAAUCGUUCUGCAGAGGACAGGAGACCCGGCCAACCUCACAAGCCUUAGACCACACCUAGAGCUAUUAGCCAACAUAGACCACAACCCAGAUGCCCCAGCGCCGUCAUGGGAGGAGCUGGAAAGUGUGAUGCAGGCUGUGAAGCUGGUGGUUCAUGGUCUGGUGGAGUUCAUACAGAACUUCAGCAAGAAGAGCCACGACACCCCUCAGCCUCAGGCCAACAGUAAAUAUAAGACCAGCAUGUGCCGAGACCUACGUCAACAGGGAGGCUGUCCCCGAGGAACCAACUGCACAUUCGCGCACACACAGGAUGAGCUGGAGAAAUUUAGACUGAGGAACAAGAAGAGCAGCAGUGUGGGCCGUUCAUUUCCUUUAGCACCGGGGGUUAUGGGUAAAACCUUCACCAUGGAGGGCAGCAUCCACACAGAUGUGUCUGCAGGAGUGGGGCAGGGGCUCAAAGGCACAGGGGACAAUACAGCCACCCUGACAGAGGGAGUUCCUGGCCUGACUCACCCCCAGCUUAUCUCCAGAGGGGCUGACAUGAUAGAGGAAAUGAAGAGAGCCGUGCCAAAUGGAUCCAGUGGAGCUAAUGGGUCCAACGGGCUCUCUGGCACCAACAGGACCGCAUCAGGGUCAACGGAACAGAAGCCCAUCUCUCCUCCCAGAACCCCAGUGAGCCACUCCUCAACCUCAUCUCCCUUGACCACAGUUGGACGGGGUGAUGGUGGUGCUCCUAUGCCCAAACUUGGUCAGUUCAUGCUGCGUGCACCACACCCCUCCCAGGCGUCAGAGCUGUACUAUCAGGAACCCCACUCUGCUUAUGACACGGCCCAUUAUCCACCAACCUCAGGUUCUUACUACCCAUCUACCCUUCAUCAACCUCAGAAAUCCUGCAUGGCUGCACGCUUCCUCCGAUCGUCCAACGUCCCAGAAUCCUCUCUGCCACCCUCCAUCGGCCCUCCACCAACUUCCUACCCCAGUGACCCUCAAACGCCACACCCACCCUCGUCCUCUUCCUCGGGGUACCCACUGCACCCUCCUAGAGAUCGGAUGGGUCCUGCCUUCCACCCCCACCCAGGGCAGCCUCAGUAUGGGCCUCUGGCUCCUGCUCAUGGGGUUUAUGCUCCCCUUUAUGACAGCAGGAGAGUAUGGAGGCCUCAGCUGUACCACAGAGAGGAUGCCCGGAGUAACUCGCUCCCUCCAGAGGUGCUGCAUUCCUACCAGCCUCCACUCAGGGAGAGAUUCAACUCUCUAGAUAGCAACUAUUACUCUGGAGCUGAACACCGUGCAGGGCUACACAGGGAUUACGGUCGUGUUCCUCUGGGCUAUGAGGAUCUGUUCAGAAGGAAGCAGGAACAGUGGGCUCAUCAUCACCACCAUCACAACACCAACAGACCCUCCCAGUCUUCCCCCAUCUUCACCAUCGAUUUUGGAACUGAGCAUGUGGAGAGCAGUGGAGGCCAGUGCGUGGGGUGCAGGUUCAGGGGCGAAGAAAGUUUAGCUCACUACUCUCCGUGGUCCUGUGGCACCAUCGCCCCCUGCCUCAGUCCCUUUGAGCCUGAAACGCUCACACACACUUCAGCUCACUCCUGCUCAGAGCACUCGGAGUUAGACAGUAGUGGAGGCGGAGGUGGCGGCGUUAACAGCAGUAGUGUCGGGAAGCGGUGGCUGCAUUCACUGGAUCACUACCGCCGCUUGAAAGACGAGGACCCGAUCAUUCCCUUUAGCGAGGGGCCCAUUAUCUCCAAGUGGGGUGCCAUAUCCAGGGCGUCCCGCACGGGCUACCACAUCACUGACCCAGUCCAAGCCACAGCCUGCCAGAGCAGCUCCAGCACCACACCCAUCAACUUUAAAGAUUACAACCCCCACUUGGAUCACAGUGACUACAGAUGGAGCUCCAGAGGGUCAGACUCCUCCAGCCACUCCAGUUUCCUAGAGAGUGAGCAGCUUUGUGCUUCAGAGCUUCGUGGCCGUCGAACUUCAAUAAGCAGUGGAGAGAAAAUUGGUUCCGAUCUGCAAGCCCAUCAGGCCGCCUAUAGCCAGGAUCGGGACCCGGGCGGGAGCGAACAGGACCCAGACCGAGACAUUGAGCUUGAACUGUGCGCUCUGGACAUGGAGGAUUCAGACCACCAGGAGAUGAAGUCUCAGGACUCUUUAGACCUGGCUGCCCCACAGUCUCAGGAUGCUUCCCACCUCCUCCCACCUCCCUGCUCCUCUCCCCUCCUCUCAUCCCCUGUAGAGGAGCACCCACAAACAGAAGGUUCUUCAGCAGAAAAGAUGGAUGCUCACCUGCUGAAAAAGAUGGCCUUCAGGAAGUCUCUGUCUCCCGGAGGGUUGGUCUCAGGAGGUCUGGGUGUCGGCAAGCUGGUGCUGCGGACCGGACCUUCUCGACUGGGAGAGACUUCCACCCGGGCGUGUCCAGAAACGCCUGGGACAGAGAUGCUGCUCAAUGGAAGCUAAGGGGUACACAAAGUCCGACAGUGACCUGAAUCACGCUGGCGCUGAGCUGCUAGCCCACAACCAGAUCCUGUUUAAAGGGAAUGCCAUUUAAUUCCAGCCUUCAUAUUUAUAAAUCAUAUGCCUAAAUAAAACUUGACAGAUAGGGGUCAACAGUCUGUGCUAUGCCACACUGCAAGGGGCAAGAGAAAACACACUGUCCCACCUCCUGAGUUGAUGUUUAGCUCCACAGAGAAUUUAUUAAUAUCACUGUUAAUGCCUAAUAAGGUACACGAUCAGUCUGCCCUUACAGUAGAUGCUGAACUUGUCCGUGUUUGCAGUUUAAACACUGGUCACAUUUAGGAGAAAGGCUGGAGAAAUCACAGCAUCUUCAUCACAUGGUUGCUCUCUCUACAUGACAUUGUACUCCUGAGGUUUAUACGUCAUUCAUUUUGUUGUCGUUCAUCAAGGCUGGCAAGGAUACGUGGUCUGUCAGACAGCAAAACUCCACGCAGUAGGUGGCAAUACAACAAGUGACGUUUCUUCAGUUGUGCCACUUUUCCAGUUUACUUUAGGAUUUCUUUGGUGAGGCGCUGGUUUAUAAUCAAGCCCCACAUAGCUAUCCAAGCAAAACCUUAAACAAAUCUGGCAUUAUUUGUCGCCUUUUGAAACCUUUUGCCACCUUAUGCAUAUCUGACAGUUAUUUUUCACAUCUUUCUGUCCAUGUACAUGUUAAGACAUUUUAUUUAGGCCACUGGUUUAGGGUAUAGCCUUUGUCGCGUUGCUACAUAACACAUUUUCAGUAUUUCCUGGAAAAGUAACAGAUAGAUAUUAUAGUACUUAGAGCAAAAAUGGGUAGAAAACUUCAAACCACCAAUAAAAUAAAAAAAACCCCAAAACCCUCAGAAAACAGAGGUCUUCAUUAUGCUGAUAGUGAAACAGGCCUCAGUCUUUUGAGUCAUAUGAUUUUUUUAACGUUGACCUCCGAAUUCCCUCGAUUGUCACAAGAUCACAGAACACAAUACCAUAGUCAUAGACUCAAUUUGUUAAUAAUCGCUGAUCACUUAAAGUCACGAGAGAUUAACAAAGUAAAGAUUUUUUAAAAAACUUUUUUCAUCAGUAAAACAUGCUACAUUUAUUAUAUUUUCUUAUUUGACUCAUUCUGCACAGCUAAAGAAUACAAAGAAAUUCUUUUUGUGAGGAAAUUUGUAUUUGGAGCCAAUUUAUGAAAUUUCUCUACAAGCCUCAUUAACAUUAACCCACAAUCAGUCUCAGAAACUAUUGUUUCAUCUUUUUGUGCCUGAAGUGAUAGUGGCAUUUAAUCCUGCAGACUGUAGCUUAGGAACAGUCUCACAGCUCUCUCUCUCACACACACGUGCACAAAAUACAUGUGUGCACAAACUGUCUUUCACACGCAGCAGACACAAACAUGCAACACAGUGGCCUUUCUCUCCUUGGUGUUGUACAAAACUAAGUAUUGGGCUCCACAAUGACUUUUGUCCAUGUUCACUGACAGACUCGUGUCUUAUUUCAGAGGUGUUAUCGCACACGUAAAGAAACUGUGCGCUGCAAGUCACUUUUGUAAGCCCGUGGCUUUUUUUUUCUUCUGUGCUUUCCAGUCCAGUCACAUUCACGUACUAUCUCAACAAUAUUCAGAGGUCAUGCAUGAUUUUUCAAACUGAAGCCUACAAAAGUGAGGGACACCACCUCUCGUGUUUCUUCAUUCUAUAUCUUUGUUUAACAUUUUUUAAAAAGUCUUGGCUUGUUUUAUUUUACGCAUUGCUAACUUCUGUGAAGUUGUUCGUCUGGGUAUUUUGUAUCAGGAUCUUUGUUACUCUUGUUUAGUUUGUUAUGUUUUAAUCCAACAGAAACUGCUCAACUUGUCUAAUGUUUUCUGUGUUUGCUGGCCAUUAGAUGCACUGUCAUCAGUACACUGUAAUCCACUAAAGUCUAGUUCACUGUAAUUCUGUGCAGUAUGGGUGAAAUCACUUUUCCAUACAGACCAGCCUUGCCUCACUCCCUUUUAUAGAUAUGAGGCAUCUCGUCAUGUGUGGUUUAGAGUCUUAAUAACUUAAACAUGAAACAUUAAUUCAUCUUAUAUAAACAGGAUUUAAAGUCAAGGAGACUGCACUGAGUUUGUUUACGCCUGUUCUAAAUCUUAUGAGAUCUGUGUAGAAUGAGAAAAUGAGGGUUAACUAAUCUUUGAGUCUUUCACAUUCUCUCUUUGAUUUCCUCUCACCUCAGCUACUGUACCUUCUCAAAAACGUAAUGAGGGGAAAGCAGCAAUGUCCUUCCCCUCAAGUUAUUUCUCAAAUCCCAUUUUAGAGGAUGGCAGAAUGGCUGUACAAAUGAGGAAAGGUUUUUGAGUCACAAUUUAAAACUUAAUUAACGAGAAUGAACAAUGAAAAGCUGUACUGGUGACCUUUUUGGGGUUUUCUGUCAUAUCUUCCAUCAGACUGCUGAGAGAGGUGGAUAGAGAAAGUGAAGACCUGGAUUUCAGAUUAGUACAAUUCAGUGUAACUUGAUGUGAUAAUGCUGUUUCAAAUACUGUUUUGUAGUGUUCAUUACUGACCGUAAAAGGCAGGAGCUGGCACAGGGUUUUAUUAGCUGCCCCAAGUGGUGAAAUUAGCUCAGCUACCGACUGUCGCUCUGCAUCUGUUUACAACUUCACCUUUGAAGUCAUGUAACGUUAAGUGCCAUGUUGUGUACAGUACAGUACAAUCAACCCCUGCAAAUUUUCCUAUAGCUUUUCAUAUUUCCUCAGCUGUACACUAUGCGAGGAGGGAGAGGCUCAGUCAACUUGAGGAGUAGGAUACUUCUCUUGUAGUUCUGCUUUGUUCCAUUUGAGGAGGCUAGAUCCUUGUCUGUCUGAAUCGCUCAGGGAAGACUUAAGUUGCUCAGCUACUUUGGCUUUUUUCUAUAUUCAUGACUUUAGAUAUUCUGUGGAAGUAUUUACCUGAAUUUCACUUGUUGAUAAACUGAUCCUUUCACCCAAACCAUAAAUGGGUUAAAGUGUUAACGCUGAUUAUAUUGUUCGCCAGUGUUUACUUUUCCAGUGUUUUCUUUUGCCUCUCAGUAUCAAUAUUGGCUUUGCUAUUCUUGCUCUCAUGGGAAAGGGCUGGGCACUACUGUAUGUAAAAACAGUAUUGUGAGUAUUGAACUUAUGUCAAAGUGAUACUCCCUGUUUCCUUCAAAGUGUCUGUUGAGCACUGCUGUAGUGGCACUGCACUAACUUCCACCCCAUCACUGCCAGCAGGUGUGCUCUGCCAGGGAGUGCACAACCACCGUCCCCCCCAGCCCCCUCCCCACUUUCCUUGACCCACACAACCUUUGUCCUCCCUGCAUCCUGCCUCAUGCAUGUGAUAUAGUCCCUCUUGUGAUGGCGGAGGAGUACUGAUGAUUCUGUAGUUGUGAUACAACACACCCAGCGCUGUAAGAGUUCUGCACAUGCCCACUGUGUGGCCACGUCAAGUGCUGAAGUUUGCUUGCAGCAUUUUACUUGUUUGCUCAUGAAAAUUAAUUAUUGUUUAAUAGAGACUAUAUUGUUAUUACUAUUAUUGUUAUUACCACAUUUGGUUGUUGUUGUGGUAUGUUUCCUUCUAAGUAUAUUCUUAGUCUGGUUCUUUGUUUUGAAUUUGAGAGUUUGCAGAAACUGCUGAAAUUUUUUAUUAGACAAGAAAGUGUCUCAUCAUUCUAUAUUAUAUUGAAAAAAAGGCCUGUUUGUUGAUUGUGAAACAUAUGAUGAACUGAUGUUUUCUGACUAUUCAUGUCUGUAUUAGACAUUUUAUUUGCGAAUCUAUUGUUCGAUUGAAAUGUAAAUGAACUAUUAAGAGAUGGUACACAUCCGUCAUUGUAUACAGUCUGGCACCAUCAUUAGAUGGACUUAUAGUAUAGACGCUCAUUUCUACAACCUGUGAUAAUCAGCUAUAUUUAAAUGUUGAAAUCAUUGGGGCAGUUGUGUAAUGUUUCAGAAUGAGGAAAAUAAACUCCUUAAGAGACAGCAUAUCUAAAAUGUCCCCAUAAUGAAUAAUACUGUUACGUAUUCCAUUUAUUUCCUUGGAAAUAUCACAUUGUGAAAGGUUUCCCUUUUACUUAACUGUACGGUAAUGCAGGAAUGGAGUAGGUCAAACCUAUGGUGAUGAUGAUUUAUGUGCUAUUAAUGAUUGAUGAAACUGUUUGAGUAUUGUUUGACUGACUGAUUGAUUCUUCUGUGCAUUUUCUGGCUUGUUCACCUGUAUUACACUGACUUACAGACAGCUUGGCCGACAGCGUACUGCUUCUGUGUUGCACUGAGAGAGGGAUUUAUGAAAAGGAAGAUUUUAGCACAUGAAAUUGCAUGCUACAAUAAACCGACAACAAAUAAUG